AUGGCGAAUGUCGGAGGACUCCAUUUGCAGGAGCCGAGUUCUGGACCUUUAGGUUACCCAUCUAGGUCGCCUUUAACAUUACUUGUAAGUUAUUUUGAGAGGGAUUAAAAGUCGAACUAAAUUCCUGUUGAACUAAUUUAUUAGGAACAGGUCUAGAACAAAAUGUCAAGUAGUCAAUUGUAAGAUGUCUAGAUCGAUAAUUAUUGACCACAAAGCCAAUAUAAAACCAAGAAUAUUUGUCUAAGAGGUACUUCCUUUUCCUUUAUUACAGUCAGGUAGAAGAAGUAAGAGUCCGUAUUAUGAAGAGCCUGUGUCAGAAAGGGAAGAAUGGUGGAGAAGCACACUCAAGGUAAUCUGUGAUUUGUAUAGUAGUAAGCUUAACUGCAAACUGAAAGCAUUUUAAAAUGUUUGUUUGUCGUUCUGUAACCCUAAAAAAGGAGUCAAAUGUUGGAACACACUGACGACAUUUUAAGCCGCGCCGUAUGGGCCAACAGCUAUAUGUAUAUGGUCAUGGCUUCUACUGCAGAAAGCUAAACUAGCUAAGGCUGUUCAGUGUUGACCUCAGUGUUUCCCUGUUUCAGUUCAGUUGUCAAUAAUCGGUUUUAAGUCUAGAAAUCAUCCCGAACCAUCCUGACAAAAUCUUUCGACACGACCUGAUCGAGCAUGACACCUCUUAUUAUUACCGUAAUCAUUAUUGGGAUAAUGUAACCUUUUUAAAAUCAAAACUGUAUUCCAAGAGACUUUUCACAAGAUGUGAAAAAGUUGAAAAAAAGAAGCCACUCUGGAAACCAACUGCCUAUUUAUUAUUAAUACACUGCACACAAUGGUGCAUUACUGUCCAGUUACUUAUAUGCAUCAAGUCAUUGUCGUUCCCAUUGAUCCUUAGCGAUUUCGGAUGUGACACCACUGUCAAGCUUGUCAGGAAAAUUCACCAAGGAUGCUAUCACAGUUGGUUCCAAAGCCUCCUUACUUGGAUAGCAUGAACUGGCCUGGGGACAAGGCUGACAUGUAGUAUGAUUUAAUAUAAUUAAAAGUAUAUGUGCUGCUAAACUUUUAUAAAAUAUUAUUAGGACACACCCAUUCCUGGAGCAUACGACUUAAAGGAUUUUGUUCAAGAAUUACAAGGCAACCCUGUUAGGACCACAUAUGGAUUUAAGAAUGCAGGAAGAAAGAAAAAUGCUGAUCCAUCCAGAAAAGGUUCAGCGUUGAUGCCAGGGCUGUACAAGCACAGGACAUGUGUAGACCAGCUAGAAACACAGCAAAAAACAUAUAACUUUAAAGCAUGUGACAGAUAUCACACUCCUACUGCUCUUGUAGGAUACAUUGAUAAGGUUUGUACACAUAACUUAAUUGAAUGACAAUUACUGUGUUGUUUGAUAGUAUGCAACCUCUUAAGCCCCAUGCAAACGGAGGCAACGUUGUUGGCCAACAUUACUCCCAACAUUGUUGAAUGUCUACAUGUUGUGUCCAUUUGCACACCCUGUUGCAUGUUGUUAGGGGUUAUUGUGCAAAAUAAACAAGUCAAACGUUUGAGCCAACAACUCCCAACAUUUCUCUUGUUGCGUGAUCGCCAAAGCUUAGCGCAACAAUGUUGGAUCCGUUUACACAGCUCUUCCAACAUUGUUGGGGCCACGCACAUGCAUCAUCACACAUGGUCUCCAAAGUCUUAUGGGUUGUGUCCUUCCCACGAUACACCGCAUGUCCCAACAUUGUUGGCCCAACAAUGUUUGGAUUUGUUGCAUCUGUCUGCAUGUAGCUUUAGAGUAAAAAACAUAACAUCACUCAUCUUUUUUCAGGUUCUCUUAAAGGCCAUGACAUUCUUAUCUUCAGUAUGGAAUAUAUCUUUUUUUACACAUGUGGUUUUCUGAAAAUAUUAUAUGUGCUUUUUGGGAAAAAAAUCGGUUGGCACAGAAGUUCUUUUGUUGAUUUUCUUUUCUUUUCAUGAUUAAACCCUGCAAUAAACUGAAAAUAAAAUUCACUGACUUUUCAGGCUUUGGCAAGAACUAAGAUAUGUAUCUCCAUGACGAGCUUUGAAGCGCGAAAAAUUUUUAUGCAAAUUAGCUGGCUGCACAUUCAAUGUGCAGCCACCUAAUUUGCAUAAGUAAUUCAAAACCAAGGUAUGACAGCUUUAGGCUCUUGAGGUGUCGGCUGAAUACCCUAGGACUUCCGUAAAUUGCCCACAAAAGAGUAACUCAAGCUACCAUAAACUGAAAUGAAAGUAACCGCAAUAUCCGAUUAAAGCAAGGUUUAAAUCUUUUUCUGCUCGGCUAACCCUCUUCCAAGGCACUUACUAUUUUGGUAAUAAUAAAACGGCAUAAAGAUUUUACAUCGCGCCUUUUUCAGUCUCGGGCAGUAAAUUAUAGUAUGAAACGGAGGUAAACUCAACAAUUCAGUUUUGUGACUGCCCUGCAACUUUGAAACUAUUUAAGCCGCUUCCUAAAAGGCCGGGAAAAUGUUUUUCGCAAAAUUCGUAAAAGUAGCUCCUUAUACUCUAAUUUAACAUUACCAAAUUUAACAAACGCGCUAACUACUUUAUGGUCCUGUAUCAGUAUGUAAAGGCAUCAAAUCCUUAUAAAGCCGACAGAAACAACAAUUAAUAUAAUUUAAGACUUUUUUUGUACUGCUUUUAUAUCAAGCAAAUGAAAUAGUCCUGGCGAUAUGUCAUUAUCGCAAAAUCGCCAAAUUCAGUGGUUCCUAGAUCACUAACACAAAAUACUGCAAUACAUGUUCUUAUACUGCUCUUUUACUCCGCUUUGUUAAGGCAACACUCGUGCCAAAAUCAAGUUCGAGCGUGGCCUAAAAAAUAAAAUGGAUUGAGAGAAAGCGGUUAAUUGACCAUGAAUAUUCAAACAGAGUAAGAGUUGAAUAAGAUUAUCACCUCCAUAAGUCAAACAAGUCAAUGUUAUGUAUUUUUUAGGUAUAAAUUAGCCGGGAUACUACACCAUUGAUUAGAGUGUUUUUACAAGUUAACUGUAGAUUUCAGGUAUACACUACCCAGGAUACUACAGGAAUGAUUAGAGCACUUUUACGAGUUAACUGUAGUUUUCAGGUAUACACUACCCAGGAUACUACAGGAAUGAUUGGAGCAUUUUUGCAAGUUAACUGUAGAUUUCAGGUAUACGCUACCCAGGAUACUACAGGAAUGAUUAGAGCAUUUUUACGAGUUAACUGUAGAUUUCAGGUAUACACUACCCAGGAUACUACAGGUUAAUACUAUGCAACGCAGAUAACAAAAGCUCAGGAAACAAGGGGACCCUGCAUGACCCAGCGAGGCUACUUGUCUGCGAAAUAUUUUGAGAAAAGAGCUGACUCUCUCGAGUGUUGAACUAGAAUAGAAUAAUCCAGAAUUAUAAUUUUAAACAUCAAAUGCCACUGAUAUAAUUAUUAAGUUUUCUUACCUGUCUGGAGUCUCUUCCACUGAUGUCAAUGAUCUGGGCGCCAAACAAACGCGCGCGGUACAUAUUUCCCGCCACAAAUAAUUAAAAGUACUUUCAUGAGACGAUGAUCAAAAUCAGUCAAAAUGCAAAAAGCAAAAUAGGAAAGCCGGCGUCAAGUUGCUAGAGGCUAGCGAUCGUUUGUUGGGCGGCGUGUGAUAGAGUGAAACUGAUAAAAUAUCGAGAAAUCUAGACAGAAUCGUUUUGUAAUACAUUAUCAAAAAUUAUGUGAAAUACAUCAUCAGAAAACACGUGCGAUAAAAAUGAUUUCCGCUCGAUAUUUUUUCUCGGUAUUUUUCAUCGACAAAAAACCGAAAUAUUAAAAAUCACGACUUACCAUCAAUUGUUCGGCUAAACAAAGCUAAACUUACCAAAGUCGAUAACCAAGUAAGGAUUUCCUACAGAAAUAAUUUGCCACUCUCGUUUAGCAGUGUAGUGGUCGAACUUGACGUAGGUUAAAACGAAUUCGUUUUGCCGGCAUCUUCCCGUUAAAUUAAAGUAGAUUUAACACUUGCCAGAAGUAAUUAGAAAUCUAGCCAUUUUGCUCAUAGCUUCGCAAAUGCAACCAGCGUUAUACAGUAAAGCGACAGAAACUUUAGCGAAAUAUUCACACGCGACAGUCGCGACAACCUCAGUAAAUCUAACAAAUGAAACAAGAUAGUGAGAGAAAAAAAGGGCUUUAUUGAUUGUUUCCGGCAGGCGGUGACAAGUAAUGUACGAGAUUAGAAGACCUCCUGGUCAGAAUUUUUUUUGUAGCCUAAGCCCGUCAUGCAUGACUUAACAGAGUUUGCCAACUUUUCCAAUGUUGUCUUUCCCAUGACCUUUCACCUACUAUAAUCAAAGAACUGAAAGUAAUAAAAUGUUAUUCAUUAGUUCCAGACAUUUGACCCAAAUUUGUUUUCAUUGCAGGAAUUUGCCAGUAGUCAAAUAAGUCCAACCACAUACUACUCAGGUUAUAAAUAUGUUCCAAAGUUGCCAUCAAAGUAAGUGCAAUACUCCUGAAGUCCUGAAAUGACUAAAAACUGAGUACCAAUUUUUUAUUGAUCAUUAAAAUUAACAAUUAUUCCACGAGUUCGCGUUGGAUAUGAGUUGGCUAUAAUCAUCACACAUCCAGCAAGUGUGAGUGGAAAAACAAAAACACCCACAAAAUAUCGAGAAUUCUUCCAGACUUUAUUUGAAAAAACAACCAAUUUUCAGCUUGUUUUUAAUUUUGAGCAGACACAUACAGUUACCAUAUUUGGAGAGCAUGGUAUAAUGGCUCAUAUACCAUGAUGGCUAAGCCAAUCAGAGCGGUAGAAUAAAUUGCAUUAUCCAAUGUUUCAAUUUUUAAUAAUUUCUGAUAGUUCUCAAUUAUUACUUAAUAAAUGUAAAAAACAGGAGUAGGGAAACAAAAGAGUAAGAAGUACAUAUUUGUAUAAACGUCUAACAAAUUAUUUUUGUGGGCCUUUCACCCAUACCCAACCCCAUUUAAUUAGGAUUAUAUUUCAUCAUGAGGACGGGGGAGCUUGGUGGAUUCCUGAUUAUCGUUAUUAAGUAGUACAUACUUAGUUGACUAACAUGAGCUGCAAAUUUGUACUGUUUUUCUUAGGCAUCCUGCAUUCAAGUCUCAAGAACAUAGAUUCCCAACAAUUUACUUUAAACCUGUAAGAGGCAGUUUAUAGAAAAUAUUCUUCCUAUAGUUAAUAAUCAAUAAUAUAAGUAUUAAAUGAAGAUGUCACUUCUAUUGUGUAGGUGGAAGCUAGUACACUCACUGCAUUGUAUAAUGUUUGCAGUGCUGUUAAGGGGGCAAUGACAUAUAUCUUUAGUAUUCAACUUUGUGUAUGAACCAUGUUAGGGUAUAGGUACUUUCUGCACUGUGUACAAAAUGGCUGCUGACAAUCAAAAUUCUCUAAUUUGGCAGCAAACUACAUUUCAUGAUAAAAUCUUUCCAAAAUAAUAAUGGAGUCAUACUUUAAAAUGUCAUACUAACUUUUUCAAGUUACAGUCCACAUGCAUCGUACCAAAUCUUAAUUAGUAAUUUCUGAAAGAAUGAUCCAGUGUUACUACUAUAAAGUGGCUCAAAGUGUUUUUAUUUGUUUAUUAUUUUAUUCUUUCAGAGAGAAGGACCUCCUCCAGGACAGUACAAACUUUCAAAAGAUUCGAUUUUACCAAAAGGACCAAAUGUUACAUCUCCAUUCAAGUCAAAAACUCCAAGAUUUGUUCAGCCUCAUGUCCUGGUAAUUAAUGUCCUCAAUAAUAAAUACCUUUACAUGUAACAAAAAUAGACUACAAUUUUGCAUGGGCAAAAUGUUUAGAACUCAAUGGAACUAAAUGCUCAUGGUUUCACUGCAAACAUAUAGUUUUGAACAUUUCUACAGUCUGUAAGAGUAUAAUCAUUAGUGACACUUGCAAAAUUGUUUGUCUAUUUGUUGUUUACAAUAACAUUGACAGUUGGUAAACAUCCAAUGAAGUUAAUGUUGGAAAUUGCCAACAGGAGAAAAAGAAAUAGAAAAUUGUGCCAUCAGCUACCAUAGUUUGAACAUGACCAUGCAGUCAGUGCAGUCAUUUGCAACAAAUAUUUUAUACAUGUCUUAUAAUUUUUAUAAUAAUAUGUGAUGUUUCCUCUUCUUUGUUUUAAACAGAAAACCCCUGGUCCAGGAACAUAUUGCAAAACAUACCAGACACCAAUGCCAGAUACAAUAAAGAAAAUGGCAAGAAACUAUGGGCUGUUUUUUACUUCUGGGACUUACGGAGAAUAUUAGGAGCACUUUAUUGGCAUAUAAAAAGGAAGGAAAGACAAAGAAAUAGGAAUUUUUUAUCGCAAUUAUUAUUGAGGUUUACAAUAAUUUAUUGUAGUUUGGAGCUGUUUGGUGAACACCUAUAAAAAGGUAGAACUAUGCAUAAGAAAAUCAUAGCAUGUUAAAACCAUAGUUCUAACACUAUUUGGAGCAGUCACACUGCUCAUCAAGAUGAUAAAGCAGGCAAUAAUCUCAGGUUCAUUAACCUCAAAGCAGUGCAGCUCUUGUAAGUAGUUUUCCCACUCACUCAAUUCUGGUUUUGAGGGUGAGUUACAUGUUCAUUUCUGGAACAUCAACUGGUAAAACAAGCCACACUCAAAGA